AGUGAUAGACUCGAAGAAUCAACAUAUCAUCUCAAUAUCGAUAUUUAUCAUGAAAAAAAAAUUAAUCCGCGAGAAUCGAAUUUUUCUGAUUCGCCAUGUUUCUUCCACGACGUAGCCCCCUGCCCCCCCAUAAACCUGGUCAUCGCCCGUCCCUGAAUAUCGAUGUCGUCGGGACGAUAUAUCGCAAUCCUUCCUCACCACAUCGAGUUUCCAUCGACUCCAAGUAUCGAUACAUUCUCCACCAUCGAUACAAUCGACCUUCACAGUAAUGGCGGAAGCACCGGUCCUACCGCACGACGUAGACGCGUUUUAGAAAUCUUUAUCGCCGCGUCACAGCCGACAUUGACCCCUUUAGUCUCCAGAUACCCCCGAAUAUUCGCGAUUCUCCAGGAAGUACCAAGUGAUAACCCCCAGUGGGCCGCAACAACCCCUCAACCCCUUGACGCGAAGUAAAAUCUCGAUUAAACGUGUUUGAAUACGGCGCCACUGUCGGCUGCGUAUCAAGUGUGGUGUCUCAAAAAAAUCUUCGCGCUGGCGAAGUAGCCGCGGGGACGGGAGAAAAUCAGAAGGGGGGGAGGAAUCGAAAAUUCAGUGGUUAAAAAAAAAUUAAAUCGACUUUUUAAUCGAAGGAAUCUUGCCCGUUGUUUUUUCAUUCACGAGAUUUUUUUAAUCGUCAUUCAACGAUGACGAAGCGUCCCGGGGGUGCGGGGGUGGAUAAGGUGAUCGUGGGGGUGUGUGGGUUGUUACCCCGGUGUACAAUGUGAUUGAUCCCGUGGAACAGGUGCAUCGUCGAUUGGAAUGUAUGCAGACAGUGUUUCAGUCGUUGAAGCGUUCCUAAUGAUUAUUAACGAGGACAACUGAGGUUAUGAAAAUGUAUCGAUAUGAUUUAUUCUGACUGAUCGAGCCAAUUGAUUGAGGUUGGGAUGAUUCGAUGAUGGAACAUGUGGGUGUGAGCUGUUGAGUCCAGUGAUACCCGCGGUGAAAUUAACUCAUCGGUGCUGGGAUAAUUUUAUUGAUAUGACGAAGGGUUAAGUGCCAGGGGCUGGGCUGUGAUUUUCUUUUCCACGCUGGGUUGGCUGGUAUUUUUUUAAGGGGCUGGGGAGUGAGGGGUGUUGUUAUGAGUGUUUAUAACGUAUCGGCGGGGAACACGGGGAAUGCCGCGGGGAACAACGCCGUCGGGACGCCUGAGGGUGCCGACGACUGGAUGGAAUUCUGCGACAGACACGCCCGCGCAUCCGCCUCGGAUUUUGCCAAGGCUUUCUGCACGUAUGUCAGUCUCAAUUUGCCGGAGAGCGCAAGGGCUACGUUGUCGCAUAGGGACUUCUUGAGGAAGUUCAUUGAUACCUUCUGCGAACACUUCGAGAGCGAGUAUCUCAGACGAAGUGCCAGUUUCACGACACACAAUCCAUUGUUCACGACAAUUUGCGUGCGUAACAUAUCUCUUUGUACCCGAGUUACGAGCAAACAAAUUUCCAGAUCUCCAUCAUUCCACGACACUCGUCACCCAGUAACCAACUCAACUAGUCACAAUAAUCGAGUCCCAAUUCGUGCGUCAUCGCACGAAGAGUUCAGUGAUUAUUCCGAGCACGAGGGUGACAUAGUCUCUCCGAAGCCAGUGCACAAGCCCUUCUUCCGGCGGCUUUCGUUCAAGGGCCUCAAGAAGGGAAAGGGCUUUUUUCACAAGCAACAGAGCGAUGAGGUCGAACUAUCGCACAGCGAUCAUCGGCGAGAUAAGCACUCCAAGUCGAAACUCUCGAAGAUUGUGGUGGAGUGCAGGAAGGAGGGAGUCGUCAAUUCCCUUAUGGGAGAAAAUCCUGAUGGUACACAAAAAUGGGAGAAGUCGAGGUUGGCUCUGAUCAAGGCCAUUGGUGGUUACAUGCUGGAGUUUUACUCGCCACCGAAGGCUGUCAAGCCUAGGGACGGUGUUUUCUGCUCAGCUAUAACUGAGGCCAGGGAAACAACUGCCCUGGAAAUGCCGGAUCAUGAGAAUACGUUUGUCCUAAAGACACAGAGCGCUGAGUUCGUAAUCGAAGCUCAUGAUUCUGCGGACAUGAGGUCGUGGUUGGCGACUAUCAGGUAUUGCAUGAGAAACGCGCACUUGAACUCCAUGGGCACCAACAGCCAUGACGCGACUGAUGGAACUGGACACGGAGCUGCUGGAGGCAGUGACGGGGACAGAUUGAGAGCCAACUCGGCGAGCAAAUCGUCAAGAUCUGCUCACGAUCAUGGAAAUGAAGUGGGAAAUCCCCCCGAGUUGCCGCCCAGACUCAGAACGAAGAGUAACAGUAAUUUGGAAUUGUGCUCCUCUCAACAAGAAAUUGAGCAAUUGCCUAAUGAAGGAGAACUCGAUCUUGCUGUGAGUCUCAGGGAGUAUCCUUGGUUCCAUGGGACAUUGCCACGAUCAGACGCCGCGCAACUUGUGCUUCAUAGCGCUACCAAUGGUCAUGGGGUAUUCUUAGUACGACAGAGUGAAACGCGAAAGGGAGAGUUUGUUCUUACAUUCAAUUUCCAAGGGAGAGCAAAGCAUCUUCGAAUGACCCUAAAUGAUCAGGGUCAUUGUCGCGUGCAACACCUAUGUUUUCCAGCAAUUCUUGACAUGUUGGAUCACUUCCGGCAGAAUGCAAUACCCCUGGAGUCUGGUGGUACAGCCGACGUGAUGCUAACUGAAUUCGUUGUGGCGACACACAUGACGAGACCACCAGUGCAUCCAGUAGCAACGACAAAUCCCCAGGCAGCCCAGGAGAGGAGACCAGCAGCUGCCCCAGAGCCAAGAGAAGUAAGAGUCAGCAGCGGAAGUCUCACACCUCUCGAGUGAGCGCGAGUUGCCGACUCCCACAGUCUCAAGUCUGAUAUUUCUACAGACAGUACAGACAUACGGUGGAUCAAUAAGGACUCGAAUGGAGUCGCUAGAGAGACUAGAGCAGCAGAAUGCUGAUCAACAGGCAUCUACGAGUGGUAGGGCAGUACAAAAUACAUACAGUUUUCUCUGACGCUGGAUACACAGAAGACUAACAUCUGGCUAUCGGCUGGUCAGUCCUCCUGAAUAAAAGAUAUAUAUUUUUUAAAUAUCUAUUUAUAUGCUUUAAUACGCCUCAAGGAAAAUUAACAUUCUAUCGACUCAUUCCAUCGAGAAGGAAAAUAACACAAAACGUAAGUUUUAUUAGGCUCAACUUAUCGGUGUAUACGAAUUUUCCACGUAUUCUGUAAAUAGUUUUGAUUUAUUUUUUUUCCGUCUUUUGGUUGAAGAUCUGCCUGUUACCUUGCACUAGGCUAUACUCUAUUGAACAGCCUCGGCUCAAACUGCAUAAUUGUAAAGAUAAUAUUUUUCGCUUAGAGAAUGAAAGUCUUGAGGCGAUCCAAGGAGUUUAUUUCAUAUAAAAUUGUUGAACCAUUCUAGUUAUUGUUUUCGGUAGUACUGUACAAAAUUAUGUACCACAAAUAUCGCAUGAUUGAAUCAUCCGGAUGGCAUAAUUUGCUAUAUAAAUAACGAAGAAAUAAAUAGAUGUGUUAAAGAACAUAAGGCCUUCAUGAAGAUCGAUGGUAUCACUUACUUCAGGGCUAAUUGCAAGAAACUGAAUUUCCACUCGUGGAAUAUAAUGCAAAAUUAAAGGAAUUUUAAUUUCUCCACUUGUCUGGAAUAUGGGAUUCUCAUAAAUAAAAUAGCUCAGAAAAUCAAUGAUGGAAAUCAGUUGAUUGAGGAAAAUUUUGUAAGGAGCAAUGAGAGCUAGAGUAAAAACUUCUAAAAACCGACAAGCAAUUUUUCGUUAAUAUUAUAUCUAAUCUAAAGAUGACGGAGUUUUUGGAAAAGAAUUACUUCUAGCUCUCACUAUCCUCGGUACACAGAAAAACCAAACAUAAAUUGCGAUUAGUAAUAAUUUAGAUAAUUUAAGUUUAUGGCUUUCUGUGCGUGACAAAUCUCCAUUUAAUUUCGAUUUAUUAAUCGUUUUGCUUUGGAGCGCUCGAAUUACUUGGGUCGUUACACUUGGAUCUUUUCAGAUGAUGCACAAAUUAUACAAUAUAUAAACAAAUGUAUAUGUAUACAUACAUUGUUUUUUUU